AUGGAGGCACAACUCAAGCUGUUGAAAGACAGUGCUGUGGCGGAGGUCGACACCACCCUGUAUCGCAGCCUCGUCGGGAGUUUACGGUAUUUGGUUCACACGCGGUCGGACAUUUCGUUCGUCGUCGGCUACGUGAGCCGGUUCAUGGAGAACCCUAGGCAAGAUCACUUGGUGACAGUCAAGCACCUGCUACGGUAUAUCUCCAGCACGAUAGACUACGGCAUCUUGUACUCCAAGCGCGGCAGCGGCGAGCUCUGUCUCACAGGGUACAGCGAUAGUGAUUUCAGGGGGGACGUGGAUGAUCGGAAGAGCACCACUGGCAUCGUGUUCUUCCUCGAUGACAUGCCCAUCUCCUGGCAGUCACAGAAGCAGCGGGUGGUGGCGUUCUCAUCCUGCGAGGCCGAGUACAUCGCCGGCGCUGCGGCAGCUUGCCAGGGAGUGUGGCUCGGACGAUUGCUGGGGGACAUGAUCGGGACAACGCCCAGGCCGCCGCGAGUGAAGAUGGACAACAUGUCCGCCAUAGCUCUCAGUAAGAAUCCCAUUCUCCAUCAUCAGAGUAAGCACAUUAACAUGAAAUUUCACUAUAUUCGUGAGUGUGUGGAUAGCGGGAGAAUCAGCUUGGACUUCACGAGUUCUUAG